AAUCUAAUCUUGCCUUUGGGUUGUCGUACUUAUCAUCCCAAUACGAUCAAACUAAAACAUUCUUACUGGAGUUUCGCAUUAUAUCAUAUGAUUUUGGUGAAAAGAAAUGUGGUAUUACUUGUACACGUCCUGCCCAUUGCCCUGAUACAUAAUUAAUUCACAACGUAAGAUUUUCACUUCAGCUCCCAACGCAAACAACAACAAAAGGACGGAGUGAGGAGCUACACUUUCCUUUCAUUGUUCUUUUAAAGAAUUGAUGCUGCUCUGCCCAGGAGGUUUUGUGUGGCGGGCGGUGCGACUACAUGGACAGAGAGUGUGCUGGCCCAGCACUAGGAAUGUCCACGCCCGUCGCACUGCCUAUCUAGAGUCACUGCAAGUGCUGGGUCUGCCUGAGGGCAGUGACCAGGGUGCCGUGAGGGAUCGCUUCUUAAAACUAGCCAAGAAGCUGCACCCAGACAGUGGGCAUCCUGAAGCCAGUGCUGAACAGUUCCAAGUGGUUGAGAAAGCCUACCGUAGCUUGCUGAACAAAUUCAGUGAGGAGCGUGCCGAGCGGCAGCGGUGUGAGGGGGAGUAUGGCCUCUAUUAUAGACCUGAGAGGGCAGAGGAGCAUCAUGAGGAGAAGGAAGAAGAAGAAGAAGAACAAGAUAUCAAGCACACAGCACCCCAGCAUCGGCAGUACCUCAGCUAUGAGGGGAUAGGCAUGGGUACGCCUUCUCAGCGACAGAAGCAGUAUGCCAGCUACCAGGCCAUGAGGGCAGCAAGUAGUGUGAAUGAGUACAGGGUGAAGAAGAUCUCAUAUGAGUACCCUGAAACAGCCUUGCAGCAGAAAGAGAGAGCUGCUGCCAGGAAAAUCAGAACCAGGUAUGGCAUUGACCGCAUGGUAGACGACAUGAUUCAAGAAGCCAUGGCCAAGGGGGAGUUUGACAACCUGUCCAAUGCUGGGAAACCCCUCAAGGAGCGGCCCGUCAACCCCUAUGUGGAUACUGUCACACAUCGCAUCAAUGAGGUCCUAAUCAAUAAUGGUUAUGCCCCUGAGUGGGUGUUACUGGAGAAGGAGAUCAGAGAGGCACGGGAGGACCUACGGAAUUCUCUGAAAAUUGUUAGAGAGCAGCUGGGACCUCUUCCCCUCACUAAAGAGGAAGAGAAGAAGUGGUCAGUGUCGCAGGAGCUGCUGCAGUCCAAGAUAACUGCCAUAAACAAGAAAAUUGACAAUUACAACUUACUUGUACCUCUCCUUAAGCAGCAGCUGACCCACUUCCAACUGCACCGAGAGGCACACAAAAUCCUGACAGAGGGGCGCAGCAGGAACAGAGCAGAGCUGCAGCAGGAAGAACAGCAACCUAGUGAAGAAAAAGAGAGGCAAAGAAUGUUUUCAUCAACAUGGAAUAUAUUCAGAUUGUUUAGAAUGUAUAGGUAAUAUUUAUUGAUAACUAUAUUUUAGUCUAUUUAGUAGGUGAGUGAAGCCUUCAUAUAUUUGCUUUUAUAUAAAGAUGUGAUGCUGGUGGAAAUUAACAUUAAAAUUAUUUAGCUCAUAGA